UUCAUAUAGCAAGAAAAGUUUCAAAUUGAACGCAGCCAUAUUUUUGGAGCAUUACUCAUUUUUUAAUUUAUUUAUUAAUACAGUAUUUAUAUGUAAUUAAUAAAAAUUGCAAUUUCUAGGUAUAUUCUUCAAUUCAGUUUCAUACAUAUAGUGCAUUGUGUUUUCUAUACCAUGCGAAACAAUGUGGUCAAUACAAAAAUCACUCAUUAAUUAUAAGUAAUGUCCACCUUCAAGAACGUAAAUAACAAAUAACGAAUUUGUUAAUUAUUAAUGUGUUUCUACUAUGGAACCAGAAGAUGUUUAUUACAAUAAAACUGAGUACAUAGAAACGACGUCUGGGAAUAGAGUGAGUCGUCAAACAGUAUUAUGUGGAUCACAGAAUAUCGUUUUGCAUGGAAAAGUUAUUGUUCAAUCUGAUGCUAUUAUCAGAGGAGAUUUAGCAAAUAUAAGAGUUGGUCGAUAUUGUAUAAUAAGCAAAAAUGUUGUCAUUCGACCACCAUUCAAGAAAUUUAGUAAAGGUGUUGCAUUCUUCCCUUUGCAAAUGGGUGAUCAUGUUUUUAUUGGUGAACGUACAGUAAUAAAUGCAGCCGUAGUGGGUUCCUAUGUUUAUAUUGGAAAGAAUGUUGUUAUUGGAAGAAGAUGUAUUCUCAAAGAAUGCUGUUACAUUGAAGAUGGUGCAGUAAUACCCCCAGAAACGAUAGUACCGUCUUUUACUAAAUUUUCAGGUAGUCCAGCUGUACCAAUUGAAGAUUUACCUGAAUGUACAUUAGAUCAUAUGGUUGAUUUUACUAAAAAUUAUUAUCAACAUUUUAUUCUUUCACCAAAAUGAUAUAAUAAUAUUUAAUUACAUGUUUUCUUACUGGUCAAAUACUUGUAAUUUUUUUUACUAUUACUAUAAAUAUAUAUCAUACUAUUAUCACCAUU